UAUAGGGUGAUGAUCAGGCGAAGGAAAAAUAAUCUCACUAGCUCACAAUGCUAGCUAGCGACCUUUAGUUUUCGCUGUUAUUGUUCUUAUUUUAAUGGCUAGAUAGACAACUAUAUUUUAUUUUAAUAUAGAAAACACAUACUUUUCAUAUCGGUAAAGGCGACAAAAACAUUAGGGGGAAAAUGUCGAGUUCCGUAGUGGAUUUCCAGGCGCAGAUAGCAUCCAUCAUGGAGGUGCUAGCUAACGCGGCUGUAGCCGAAAUUUGCAAAGUUGUUGACGACGGUUAUGCCGUUGUUCAGCUGGAAAUGUCCCAAAGCCACAAGGAAAACGACUUUCUACGGAGAAAAAUCAAAUUGAUGGAACUUCAGCUAGCGCGGUUACGAGCUGAGAGAACAAAGUCUUCCGAGGGGUCCGUCCACAAUCGGUUCCAUGGAAUUCGCCUGUUCAACAGACACAAUCGAGAGGCAACAACGACAGGACCUACUUGGCAAAGCAGAGCUAGACUUUCCAGCAGGAGUUUUGGAAACAACAGUAUUCAAAGAGACAUACAGCCUAUCGAUGUGGACCAAGAGGAUGUCUCUUCAAAACACAUGGAGCCUUCAAGAGAUGAACAAUCAACAGACACAGCUGAAGAGGAACCAGAUCUGCUCAUCAUCAAGGUGGAGGGGGAAGCAGACGACCAGAAUUCUAGGACCAGCCACCCAGCCAGAACAGUAGAGGACAGCAGAGAGCUAAACACCCAACAGGCUGCAGGGACCACGGCAGACACCAGCAUCCAGCCCGGUGGCCCCAGAGACAACAACUGCAACACCGCUAUGGAGGUUAAAUUCACUACAGAAAACGAGAGAGACCUCCUACCAUGGAAGAAAAAAGAGGGCCUGGGGGAGAUGCCAGGAAAUGGGCCUAACAGUGGUCAGAGAAUGAUAGCUCCAAACACACAGAUUUCGGCAGACAGUGAUCAAGCAGACUUUACUGAGCAGCUCAGAAGCAAAUACAGAUUAGACACGGUCUACAAGUCAAACCCAGAGCCUGAGAGUGGGAUGCCUCAACACACAGGACCAGGAACUGUUGCUGACCAACAGUGCAACCUUCACCCAGAGAGUAUAGCCGAUUUCCCUGGAACUUCCCGGAAGCGAAAAUGCAGUGAGACAGAGACUGAGCGGCCAUCUUGUUCAAGUUAUGCUGCAAAGACGGUCACGGAAGGCCCCUUGACUCUUACAAAGUUGAUUCCUGAGCCUCCUGUUGCUCAGAUGGUGAGGAGUGAACAAGAAAGUUCUCAGGACGGGUCCGAGGUGAAGUCUGAGUUCAUAGUCAUUGACCCCUGUCCAGUUGAUGAGGAGGAUGGUGGUGGCGGCGAGUCCUCUUCGUGGAGAUCAGGUGACAUAAUUGAACAGAGGCGUCCCCAAGGAGGACAUAGUGAAGCAGAUUCCUUGCUUCUUGAAGGUCAUUCCAGUAACACAUACCUUCAUCAUCCUCACUCACGUGUCCAGUUAGCAGCUAGACAGAACUCGCCUGAUAAUCUGUUCUAUGGCAUUGACAUAAACGGCUCUUUCGACAGCCAACUCGACGCCUUUCAGAACCCCACAGCCAGCACGGCUGCUACGUUCGCGGCUGGGACCGGGGAGCAGCAGUACCCGGCCUGGGCGGAUUUUGAGGGGGGGAGUGCACAUCUGGGCGACACGACUGGUACUCAUCAAGACAGAGGGGCUGGGGCGGAGGGGGCGAGGACCUACAGGUGCACCUUCUGCGGCAAGGAAUACCCUCACCUGUGCCAGCUCAAAAUGCACCAGAGGGUCCACACGGGAGAGAAACCAUAUGAGUGCGCCCAGUGUGGGAAGCAGUUCAGCCAGCUGUGCAGCUUAAAGAGGCACCAGAGAGUCCACACCGGGGAGAAACCCUUCAGAUGCGCGCAGUGUGGGAAACAGUUCUCCCAUUCCAGUAACCUAAAAGUGCAUCAGAGCGUCCACACGGGGGAGAAACGGUUCCACUGUGCCCAGUGCGGAAAGAACUUCUCCUUUCUGAGCAAUCUGAUAAGGCACCAAGCAGUUCAUGCCGGAAAACGAUAGGCUCUGUUUUGUAUUGAUUGUGCUGAAAUUAUUUGUGGUAUCUGAAUUGAUUGUAUAUUAAACAAGGUGUUACUGCUCUGGCCCAGGUAUUACUUGUUUUUUGUAUUCUUAUUUUUUCUCCUCUGUUAUUUGUUUUUAUUUUUAUUCUAGAACCAUUUGUAAAUAAUUAGAAUAUCCAAAAGUUUGACUGCAAACUGUUACAUUAAUUAAAAAUGUUAUGUUGUUUAAAACUCAAUGUGUGAUGUGGUGUGGAAAAUCAGGCCAUACUAACAUUUUGUCACAGCGAACAUAAUUGUGUAUAAGUUCUCUGUGAUGAUGUUUUGAGAAAUAAAACAAGUUAUGGAAAGAAGGGCUUUCUUCUUCAAGAAAGACA